CCGCUGUCAGCGCCUGUGUUGGUCGGUGCCAGGGAGAUGUAUGAACCAUCUGAACUCAUCAAGAUUGGAUGUCAGCCCAGACGACCCCUACACGACGACCACCAGCCCACCCUCCAGUGGUUCCUGGAAGGCAGUCAGGUGGGAUCAGAGUGGGUUACUCCCUACGGCAACGCGCUGAAGGAGGGCGUGUCUGGCCUCUCCUUGCACGUCCCCGGAGAGCAGGUGUCGUCAGCGGGUGGCAGUGUGCGGGCGGAGUGCAGGUUGACGCUAGGACCGCACCAGUUGGCCACCAACACUACUAUCCGGGUCAGGGACCGAAGGAUCUCUUACCUUGAAAACUAUCACGCUUCAGGGUCCAGGAAGGCGCCGGCCAGCAGUGGUUACUUGCCCCGGCCGUCACCAGCUGCUGCUGCCACCAUUGUUACCACCUCCUUCCUCACCCUCACAGCUGCCCUCAGCCCCGCUAUACUGUAGCGCCCUUCCCCUCACCCUCCACUGCCUCCCUCCUCCCCCCACCUUUCUAGCUUCAUUCCCCUUUACCUCUAGCACCCUUCCAAACCUCUCCUCUAGUACCCUUCUCCCUCUAGCACCCUUCCCGAUUAUUUAGCUCCCUUCCCCUCCUUUAGCUCCCUUCCUCGCCCCUCCUGAAGCUACCCCGCUCCUCUAGCUCCCCCCUGGACCCCACUUCCCCCCGUCAUCUCCCCUACAAUAAGACAUAAGCUUGUAGACAGCUUUCUUGUAUUGUAACUUACUGGACAAUAAAAUUACAUAAAACCAUU